AUGGUUGCACUUCAGGCGAUCGCUGCAGCUCUUCUUAUCUCAUCAUCGCUGGCGACCUACAUUGGGACUGCUUCUCAGAGGCGCGGCACGGUCGCGUACUAUGACCCCACCAACGGCGGCGGUUCCAUGUUUGACAAUGCAAACGAUGGUUAUGGCGAGCCUCUUAAUGUGAUUAUCUCUGGCUUGAGUUCACCAGAAGUGCUCAAUGAGGAUGGCAUCAUCAAUUUCGCUCGUGCAAUCGGAUUCUCCAUCGAAUGCCUUGGAAUACAUCUCGGAGCUCCAAUGAGUGCCAACCUAGGAGAUGGUAACGGUUGGGUAAAUCAGACGAUUGAGUUGCGCGAAGAUUACGGUAGCGCAGCCGCAGGGACCUGUCUUGAGACUCUCAUCGGCGGAAACCACUUCAGAGUCUUCGUACAAAAUGGCACAGAAGCUGACAGCGGCGCAUUAUUCUUGGCCGUAUCGAGAGAGGAAGAUGUAAUAGAGGAUCAUACAAUUGUUCCAAAUGGCUAUGAUAUUGGCCGCGACGACUUCUCCGCUGCAGCUAUGGGUACUACCAGCUACAAUGGUGUAACUUACAAUACAGUUGCCGAAAACAUUACUGGUUUGAUGCCAGCCGGUAGUACGGGUGUAAAUCAUGGUAUCGCCGUCGAUGGAAUUGUCACUCUGCUGACCGUGACGAUCGAGUGA